UUCAACAUUUUUAAAGUUUUGACCCAGCAUGUGGAAUGUGAGUGAGUCUUACAAGGAUUUGACAUUGUUGUGUGGAAUGUGUUCAAAGUUCCUUCCACUAUAAGGGAAAGAAUUAGCAUACUGCUCUCAAAUGAUGCUAAAAUAUUGCAUUUAUUUAACAUUUUAUACAAUGUAAAUACAAGGUGGCCAUGAUGUGAGGCUCUACAAUAAACAUUUGGGAGAAAACAAAUCUAGAGUGUUGAAAGAGUGCACCUAUAUGUCACCAAAAGAUGACGUGAUUCACAUGAAUAUUAUCUUUCUAGCUGGUGGACAGUAACCUAUUGGAGACAUGUUAGAAGUUCUUACUCAGUUUGGUAGCAAGAGGAAGUUUAACACAGGAUACAUUGAUUGAUUGCAUCGAUAUCCAAUAUGUUAGAGAGUUAGUGACAAAAAAACGCAUCCAUAAAAGAUAACAUGCUUCUGAACGCGCAGUUCAAUUUUAUGUAGCGAAGAAAAUUUUAUCGUUUGUUUUUCAUACUGGAAUUUCCAGCUUCAUCCUGGAACAUGUCUGCCUGGGAAAUGUGUAUUUUGAUCGGCUUACUCGCGGGUGGUCACCCAAGUGUUCAAGGUAUUAACAAAGACAAAGAGUGAUUUACAUAUUCACCAUUUUCUAACAGUAUUAUUUAUUCUGUAUUCAUUAUUGUAUCAUCUGGUGUUGAUGUGCACCUCUGGUUUUGAUCUAUGAUAUUGAUAGACUACUAUUGUUUUCAUAUUCAUAUUCUUUAAAAAUAAAAUUAAAGAUUAUGUAAACAGAAGCAUUGUAAUAUUUACUCUUUUGAAAUUUUAACUUUCCUAAAUGUAUGCUCUAGUGCAGGCUACUGACCUGCAUGUUGUCUGUUGUGUAUCUCAUUAGGAUGCCUUCGUUUUAGUGAUGCUGAAUACAGUAGAGAGGUGCAGGUGACAGCCAAUGGCCAGAGGUGCUUGAACUGGUUGAAAGCAAGUAGAGGUUUCAAUUCAACAGUUAACCUUGGCAUUGAAGAGGGAGGAUCUUGGGAUCACAAUUACUGCCGCAACCCAGAUGACUCUGAGAGCCUAUGGUGCUUUGUUAUCAGCCAAGCGGAAACUAUACAGAGACAAGACUGUACCAUUGUCCUCUGCCAAGACCAGCAGACCACAGCAACUUUCCCACAGUCCUUUCCCGUGUCAUUUGGUGAUGCUCAGCCUGAGCAGGAUGACAACCCUCCAGCUCAGAAAACAAAGGGGACCUGUCAAAUCAGAUGUGGGGAUCAAUCAGACGUUCCACAUUGGGCCAAAGAAGGACUUGGGAGUACUGGGUUAUGUCUCAGCAGUCGUCUUCAUGGUCACUGUUAUACUACUUGGAUCUGGAAUAACUGCUGGUUACAUCUACUGGAGGGUCCAGAAGCUCAAGAGCCAGCAGGAACAAGACGCAAGUGAACGAGAGCAGCGGAGGAUCAACCUGCAUCUCUCUGCUUUCUCCAACUUGACAUGCCAAACAGUGGAUGAGAAUUCAGCUGUGAGCUGUGUCCAGCAGACACCCAUUGAACAUGAGGACAUAGUGGAUGGUAAUGGGCCCCUAAUGGUCCAGGCUGGUACUGCCGUGGUGUGAGGAGCAGGGUGGACAGACGUUGUGGAAUGAUGCCCUGUCUCCGAGUUGCCAUGUGUGUGGAGAAACAAAACGUGCAAAUGGUAUGGAGGAGGUUGAUUCAGGUCUGCAGUGCCUGACUACAGUAAACACAAUCAAGACCAUCUGGAGUUGUAGAAACAACAGAAUUGUAUCCAAACAUAGUAUCGUUAUGGAUUUCCAGGGAUAUGCAAUUACUUUAUG